CCAUAGCUACAGAGUUUUCGAGUUCAUCCUCCUGGAACAAUGAUGCUCAAUUAACUGAAGGAAGUCUUCUGGUGAAGAGGGACCAUUUCCUUGAGAAGUACCAUCACUCAAAGCUUUUAUUUCUACUAAUUUGACCUCACCCAUGGCUGCUGAUGGCAAUGAUAUCGUUCCCUUGCGUCAGAAGCCGAGGAAGAAAACUCAAGGUUUCUUCACAAUGAGCCGGAGGAGGAUAUCCUGCAAAGAUCUGGGACACGCUGACUUCCAGGGGUGGUUAUACAAGAAAAAGGAAAAAGGCACCUUCCUCAGCAACAAAUGGAGAAAGUUCUGGGUUGUGCUCAAGGGGGCAUCGCUGUAUUGGUACGGCAAUCAGAUGUCAGAGAAAGCUGAUGGAUUUAUCAACUUGCCAGAUUUUGCUGUGGACAGAGCUGCUGAAUGCAAGAAAAAGCAUGCUUUUAAGAUCAGCCACCCGCAGAUCAAGACUUUUUAUUUUGCAGCAGAGAAUAUGCAAGAAAUGAACAUGUGGUUAAAUAAGCUCGGGUUAGCUGUAAUCCGUCUUGCAUCCACAGGAAAAGAAGAAGAAUGCUACAGUGAAAGUGAACAUGAGGAUCCCGAAAUAGCUGUGGAGACGCCACCCCCUCCCUACUCUGCUGAGCCUCCAUCGCAUUUGGGUCCACAGGAAGCAUCUUCAUCCUCACUUGUAUUGAAUGAACCAUCCUGUUCUCUUUCUUCCCUGGAGAGUUCAGUCAAAUCACCCAGCAGUUCUUCUUCUUCUACAUCUAAAGCAGCAGCCUACCCAGAAAGGCAGUCUUGGCUUGACAUUGUCAACAGUUCCUCUACCAUCGAAGAUGUGGGACAGUCCAUAAUGGUUCAGAUCCAUUCGCCUGCUCUCCCAGAGGCCUCAGAAAAUGGCCUUGUCAAAUCUGAAAGUGGAUUUCUGAACUCUUUGUCAAGUGAGGAGACGUCCUCACUGAACAGCAGUUUAGAUCACCUCUCUGUUCCUGAUGACACUAUAGGACUCAAGACAUCAGACAGAGAACAGACAAAAGGCCACGAAGAUGAUGAAAUGGAAAAGCUUUACAAAUCUCUAGAACAAGCCAGUUUAUCUCCUAUUGGGGAUCGAAGACCUUCAACCAAAAAGGAGUUGAGGAAGUCAUUUGUCAAGAGGAGCAAAAACCCAUCCAUCAAUGAGAAACUCCACAAAAUCCGGACGUUGAAUAGCACAUUAAAGUGUAAAGAACAUGACUUAGCCAUGAUUAACCAGUUGUUGGAGGAUCCAAAGCUGACGGCCAAGAAGUACAGAGAAUGGAAGAGCACAAACAGCUUGUUGGUUCAGGAGAUCUAUCAACAGCAGAGUGCAAAGACUUCCACGGAAGGGCCUUACCUGGAGCCUGAGGGACAACCUUCGUUUACCCAUGUUGAAAGUUCUAUUUGAGAUCAAGCCAGAACUCUCUCCCUACCUUGUUUUAUCCUCAGCAACCCUUUAAGCUGCUACAAAAUCUUACAUUUUCCUUAAAAGGAGACCUAAAAACUUUUUCCCAGAACCUCAGAUCUGGCCUGAUAAGGCGACUUCACUGGAAGCAAAUUAGCUAACGCAUGGAAUCGCUUGUUUAAAUGACCAUGUAUCCAAUUGAAUCAAUCAAUUUAAUUCAGUUACAUAUGAUUGAAGACCUUCUAUAUAUGAGGUGCUAUGAGAGGUGAGGAAGUGAGGAGGGGGUGGGACAAGAGAUUCAUGCUAUAUGAUCUGCUUUCAAGGAACAUACAACAACAAUCUGUGGAAUAGAGAAGGGAUUCACUCACGAGUGAUUUUGAUAAUUUCAUGAUUCAAUCCCUCGGUAACAGGAAGAGAAUGUAAAAAAGAAUCUAUCUGAUUGGUUUUUCGUCUUUCCCAUGACACUGUUAAAUGGGAGGAAUGCAGUAUAAAUGCUUUUUUUUUGUUGUUGCUAUUUAAUUCCGAAUCUUGUCUUUGGGGUUGCAGAUCACCAAUCUCAUUUCCACAUCCACUUAAAGGGAAUACAUUGGCAUUUAAAAAAAAAAGAAAAACUCAGGAGAGAGCUAUUCCAUGGGAGCAAUGUUCUAUCAUUUGUGGACUCAAAGGACUACUUGACAUUUUCAAAUUUCACACUGGUUGGGGGAAUUCUACAGCACGUGGAGGGAUGUUGCUUGUGCCACUUGGGGACAUCUGUUUUCUGACUUUUUUUCAUCAACUGCAGGACUUAAACAUGCAUUGGGAAAGGUGUGUCUGCUGCCUGUAGACUUGACUAUGGUACAACUACAGGAUUUGUAUUUGUGUCCAGGUGUUCUUGGAUCCACACAGCAAGGAUAUUUCUGGCACCUGAAGGUUUUCAAUUUCUUUAUUCAAAGGAAUGAAAAAAAAUUGAGGAAAUUCAUAAUUGUUUUUAUUUUUGUAAGGUUAUCUGUCACUUUAUGGCCCAUGUGAAUAUAUAGCUAUGUACAUAUAAAUAUGUAUAUGUUUGUUAUUUAAGUCUAUUUAUAGAAGUCCAGAUUUAUCAGUGUUAAUAAGAUCAUGCUAUUUUUCCCUUAUUGAAUUGCCUACAUGUUCUAAGUAGACAUGUUUUUUAAUUUGGGAAAAAAUGGGGAUACUAGUGAGUUGUUUCAUUCUGCUGUGUCAACUGAAGUUGGGAGUAUUUUCAGGAAACCCAUAGGAUAUAUAGGGGGACAUGCCAUAUAUGUUGUUUGGUUCCUCUAUCCUCCAUUGUAGCAAUAUAGUAUAAUGGAAAGCACACUGUACCAGGAAAUGGAAGAUCCGGAUUAAGGAUAUGGCUCUAUCAUUUAUUAGCCAUGGAAUCUCAGCCAAGUCACUUGUCUUCCCUGAGCCUCUGUUUUCCCAUCUAUAGAAUGGAGCCAAGAAUAGUGGACUAGACAGUCCCUUCCAGCUUUAACAUUCCCUGAUUCUCUUUCCCUAUUCAUGUAGUGACAUUCACAGAAUCAUAGAACCUAAGGGGUAGAAGGGACCUCAGAGAAGCUCUAGUCUGAACCCACACCUGAACAAGAAUCUUUUCUAUGAUAUAGCUGGCAAGGCAUUACCUCACCUUUUCCUAAAGACAUCCAGUGAUGGGAUACCAACCACUCCCUGAAAAACAGCCCAUUCUAUGUUGGAAGAGUUCUAGUGAUUAGGCAGUUUUACAUCGCACAAGGCUGCCCAUCUCUUUUUAAUCUCAUCCAUUUCUCCUGGUUCUGGCCUUAGGGACCAAACACAAAAACUCUUAAUACCUCAUUCAUUUGAUAUCCCUUCACACAUUUGAAGAGAGAUGCCAGCUAUUUGUAAAACAAAUCAAAAUUUAGUUUAAAAUUAUUUAAAUUGGGAUAUUUUGGCCAGAGAGGUCUUAGAGUUCAUGAUAUUUUCAUAUAACCUUGUCAUUAAAAAAAAGGAAUUCUAUGUUUUGCUUUAUUGUAAGGAACCUCUUCCUUUGAUCAGGUCUCUCUCACAUUGCUAAGAAUAUUCA